UCCCGCUCAAUCCCCGACAACCCGGUUUUACAACUCACUACCCUCAAUCACAACUAACCCGACCCAUAUCUAUCCAUAUUCUCCGAUAUCCAUUCCGUUGAUGAAACGCCAUUCUUCUUUAAACCCUAACUGCGGUCCAUACCUAAACCCCAGCCGUGAUGCUAUGAAGAUCAUAAUCGAAUCCAACCGAAAGAUCCUUCUUAUGGUUCAAGGUUUGGUUAUCUUUGUCAAUUUAUAUUUUCUUCAAAUUGCUUCUAAACUACCCAGAAUUUCUUCAAGUUUUUUAACUAUCGACGCUUACAACAAUCCGUACAUACUUUCGACGAUUCUAGAUCAAAACAUGAUUGCCAUAGCAGCACAUAUGAUGUACGAUCAAUUCUAUUUUGGGUUGUUAAUACUCGUCGCUGUCUCACCGGAAUCCACCGUGGUCUCGAUCUCGAUCUCUGAAAAUUUGGAGUUUCUUGAUGAAGCUACCUUGUCGACACAAUUGAUGUGGCAAGUGAGCAACAACAAAGAUCAUCUUUGGGGUGUGACUUGUGAGUGUUAUAAGUGUUUACUUGUAUGUUUCAUGGGACUUCAGAUGUGAACUCUGUGUAAAUCUAUCAUUAAAGUUGCAAUCUCGAAGCAUGUUGAUGGAGUUUUAUGGACAUUUGAAGGUGUCAAGAUCGCUUACUACAAGUCAACAAACCCAUUUGCUUCAUCAUCGGUAUGUAUAUUUGUUGUUUUGCAGGUGUGAUACACGGGUCUAUAGGUAUAGAAAGGAAAGUUUCAAAUGAUACGACCAAAGUUGUAUAUAAGAAAAUAUUUAGAGACUUGUGAUUUCUUUAUACUUUUGUGUAUUGUAAUUUAUUUCAUAAAUGUAAUAAGCAUUUUUUUUCUUGGUUUU